UAAAACAAAAUAAAGACACUUAAAAUAAAUAAAAACCAUUGAAAAAUAAAAGAAUUAUUAUACCGAUGAACAAAGGAAAAUUCUAACUCAAUCAAUUAGUUUAUGCAAAAAUAUAAGGAUAUCCUUGGUGGCCAGCAAUUAUUGGCUAAUAAAAAUAAAAAAUUGAAAAUGGCAUAAAAAAAAUCGAAUAUUUUGUUAAUUUUAUCGGUCAUAAUUCAUACUCCAUAUUAAAUGAAGAAAAAAUAUAAAAAUAUAAUACUAAAAUGGUUGAUUAAAAAUAUAAAAAAAAUAAAAAUUAUAUCAAAUCUUUAGAAAUCGCCGACCAAAUAAACCAAGGAAAAUACACAUAUGACGAUUGGAAAACAAGUUUUAUAGUAUAAAAAUUAAACUAGAAAAAUGCUAUUAAUAAUAGCUUUAGUACAUCUAAUAUUAAUAAUUUAAGUACUUUAAGCAAUUCUGAAUCUACAAAAUUUCCUUAAAUUUUGGAAAAUUUAUCUGAAUAAGAAAUAAUAAGCAAUUAAUAAUAAUUAAAAUCCAAAGUGGGUAAAGUGAAAAAAAUAACCAAAUAAAAAUUAAAUAAACCAAAAAAGUCGCAUAGUAUAAAAAAAAU